GAGAGUCGGAGCUGAAUACCAAGCUCGGAUCCCUGAAUUUGAUCCAGGUGCUACAAAGUACACAGAUAAAGACAAUGGAGGAAUGCUUGUGUGGUCUCCGUAUCACAGUAUCCCAGAUGCCAAAUGCCCAGGAAGACUGAAAAUACCUAGGAUCUGAUGGCAUUGCUGCUUAAAUCCUCAAGCAGGGGAGGGAGUUACUAUGUAGACAUCUGCACAGGCUUUUCCUCAGUAUAUGGAGCUGUAAAGAAAUGCCUUCAAACUUCAAAGAGCCCACUAUCAUUACCAUUUUAAAGAGGAAAGGGGAAAGAACUGACUUCAGCAGCCAUCAAUCAGGUCAUCUUUGAGCUCUCCAUUUCUGGACGGAGACCUUCUGGAUCAUUGACCAUGCACUUCUUGAAUCAUGGUGUGGCUUUAGACUUCAAUGUGAUGUAGCGGACCUGAUCCUUUGCGGCACAUCAGAUAUAGGAAACGUGCAGUGGAUGAAUAUAUUGCAAUUGCAAAGGAGAAACAUGGCUACAAUGUGGAGCAGGCACUUGGCAUGUUGUUCUGGCAUAAACAUAACAUUGAGAAGUCCCUUGCUGAUCUCCCUAAUUUCACUCCCUUUCCGGAUGAGUGGACAGUGGAAGAUAAAGUCCUGUUUGAACAAGCCUUUAGUUUUCAUGGGAAGAGCUUUCACAGGAUUCAGCAAAUGCUUCCAGAUAAGACAAUUGCUAGCCUUGUAAAAUAUUACUAUUCCUGGAAAAAAACUCGAUCCAGGACCAGCUUGAUGGAUCGCCAGGCUCGUAAACUAGCCAAUAGACAUAAUCAGGGUGACAGUGAUGAUGAUGUGGAAGAAACACACCCAAUGGAUGGAAAUGAUAGUGAUUAUGAUCCAAAAAAAGAAGCCAAGAAAGAGGGUAAUACUGAACAACCUGUCCAAACUAGCAAGAUUGGACUUGGAAGGAGAGAAUAUCAGAGUUUACAACAUCGCCAUCAUUCUCAGCGAUCUAAGUGCCGUCCACCUAAGGGCAUGUACUUAACCCAGGAAGAUGUGGUAGCUGUUUCCUGUAGUCCCAAUGCAGCCAACACCAUCCUGCGGCAACUGGACAUGGAACUGAUCUCUUUAAAACGUCAGGUUCAGAAUGCUAAGCAAGUAAACAGUGCACUUAAACAGAAAAUGGAAGGUGGAAUUGAAGAAUUCAAACCUCCUGAGUCAAAUCAGAAAAUUAAUGCCCGUUGGACCACAGAGGAGCAGCUUCUAGCAGUGCAAGGUGUCCGCAAAUAUGGUAAAGAUUUUCAAGCUAUUGCAGAUGUAAUUGGCAACAAGACUGUUGGCCAAGUGAAGAACUUCUUUGUAAACUACAGGCGUCGGUUUAACUUAGAGGAGGUAUUGCAGGAGUGGGAAGCAGAACAAGGAACCCAGGCUUCUAAUGGUGAUGCUUCUACUUUAGGGGAGGAGACAAAAAGUGCUUCUAAUGUGCCAUCAGGGAAGAGCACUGAUGAAGAAGAGGAGGCACAGACCCCACAGGCUCCUCGGACUCUGGGUCCAUCACCUCCUGCCCCAUCAUCCACUCCAACACCAACAGCCCCCAUUGCCACUCUGAACCAGCCUCCACCACUUCUUCGUCCAACACUGCCUGCUGCCCCUGCUCUUCACCGGCAGCCUCCUCCACUCCAGCAGCAGGCUCGGUUCAUCCAGCCCCGGCCAACUUUAAAUCAGCCUCCACCACCUCUCAUUCGCCCUGCUAAUUCUAUGCCACCCCGUCUAAACCCAAGACCAGUGUUGUCCACGGUUGGUGGUCAACAGCCACCGUCACUUAUUGGAAUUCAGACAGAUUCACAGUCCUCACUGCACUAAAAUUAAAUUGGACAGAUCUACAGUAACUCUUCACCCCAUCAUUAUACCAAUGCUCAUCAGACUGAUGCAAAAGAGGAGAGAGCAAUCCCUCCUAGAUACUGAGGCUGCGAACUAGUUCUGUGGCAGUGGGCUAGCAUAAGUGGAUGUCUAGGAAAUUUUUUGGUUCAUACAACCGAACUAAAUGUUAAUACAACAAAAAGCCUAUAGUUAGCCUCCUUUCUAGAGUAUACGUUCAGUGACAUGAUCUCAUAAAAGGAAAAAAAAGACUAAGUAUUCUAUAUACCAAGGUUUUUUUGUUUUGUUUUUACUGUAUUUAUUUUAUUGAGAUUCUUUAUAUUUCUGCCUCUUCAUAGUCAAGACUCUUAGUACAGAAAUACUGACUUAGGAAUUGUGAAAACUCCUUAAGUUUCUUAAGGAUGUUUGACUUUUUUCUUUCUUCCUUAAUUUAAUUUUUAACAUUUUCCUAUGUUAGGAGUGCAAGAAUAAAUAGCCUGCAUUUCAGAUUUUGACAUAUGUUCAUUUAAUGCAUAUUUAAGAAAUUAUAGUACAUAUCCCUUUUUUCAAAAAAAAAUCUUGCUUUUUUUUCUAAAGGAAUUUUUAAUAUAUUCCUUUAAAAGAAAGCAAUUUAAUCAAUUGCAAAGCAAUUAUAUGAAACCACAAAGAAUGUACUGAACCUACUAACCCUUUAACAUACACUUUAGGGUCCUAGUGCAAAGUCCUUGCUUAAAGGUCAUUGACCCGUCAUCUAUCAGUAAUAAGAGAAUUGGAAUAAUAAUUUUACAUACAAAUGAGAACUUAAUUUGUUGAAGUACAAUGUCUUUAAGUUCCUUGAAAAUGGAGUUAAUUUUGAUUUUUUUUUUUUUAAAUGUUUCUAAAUGCUAUCUGCUUUUAACUAGUAGUUGCCUAUAUUUGGGGACUUUAGAAGAGAAUUAUAUUUUGUCAGUUACGUGAAGAUAGUGGUUAUGGAAGCAUUUAUUUACAAUACCCUUUUUGUGUUUAGGUUCUGACUUAAAAUUGCCCUCAUACUUAUAUGGUCUACAUUUAAUAUAAAGGAUGUUUUCUUGAUAAAUCUCUAUUGUACUAUUUGGAUACAUUUGUGUAUUCCUUGCAGCCGACCUGUGCUUGUGGGUUUGGUUUAGGGUUAAAUCAUCAGCAUUAUUUCAUAAAAUAAAUUUAAGAAUUUGUUCUGUGUUAUCUAAAGAUGUAUCAGUAUAUUGUCACAGUUGUGCUGUUAACUUAAAAUGCUCAGACCCUCUUUUUAUAAAGAAGCAAAAACAUUUCAAGUCUUAAUUGACACAUAAAUCAUUAAGCACCUACAAAUAAUAUUUUAUAAGUAAUAGUAUUUCAACAACGUGUUACUAAUAUUUUUGAUACAGUGAUUUCAUAUUGGAAUCCUGACUUGUGGAAAGGGACAGAUCACUUAGAUUACUAGUGGAACUUAAGGCUAAAUGUUUGCACAUUUAUAUUCUCAUCAUAUUUAGAACUAUGUCACGAAAUAGUCAACACCUAAGGCCCUUGAUUUAUGUUUUUGAGAAGUCAUAUAUUCCCAGUGUUGGAAAAAUAGUCCCUCCUAUUGGCUCUAAAGCCUUAAGGAGCUAUUCGAUUUUAAAUUCAUUGAUUAGUUUUAAUUUUCAAGUUUAGAUCACUUCUCAUAUGGACCUUAAGUUCUGGCACAAACUUCCUCCAGGGUGUGUCUUUUCUUUCUCACUGGAUCAUCUUAAAUAGUUCCUACCCCUGGAUUGUAACUAGAUAAAAAUCUGAUUUAAAAUUCUUAAUAUUCAGGAAUUUAUACUUAUUUUUACUUUAAAAGCCACGGGGGGGGGGGGCAGUUAUAUAUCUUAAAAAGAAAGUAUCUAAAGCAUUUUUUUACAGUACUUAGAUUGUCUUGCAUAUGUGCAUACUAUAUGGCUUUUAUUGUCUUGUCUCUUGUCAGUAGACCAGUAUACAAUGUGUGGGACAUGUCAGUCAAGUUGGUCAGCACCAGCAUCUGUCCAGCUGUUAAGUAUAUUAUGAUUCACUUAAAAAUCUGUUCUAUCCCAGCCAUGGGCCAAGAUGCUGUAUCUGAGGGAUGUGCUGUGAUUUGAUUUACGUACACUAGAGCACACAGUAGAAAAAUCUGAGCUUCAUUAGUAAUAUGACACAUGUAUAUAGUGAGAUGUCUUAUUGUGUGCUUUGCAUAUUUUGUAAAUAUUUUGCACGUCAUUAAUUUUCUUUUUUGUUUAAGCAGUGUUUGGCCUGGAAGAGUGAUAUGCUUGCUGCUUAAUCAAAGGAUUAAAGAGUUAAAGAUGUCUAUGUCUUCUAUUUUUAUAUAAUUUCAUGUUGUAUGAAGAAUUUAGGACCUCUUCACUGUGAAAUUCUAAAUAUUGAUUUUUUAUAAGAAAGCAAAAUCUAGAAAUAUUUUAAUGACCAUUUCAUAAUGUCAAGGUUAUCAUUUUUGAAAAAUCUACACCCAACUAUUUUUCAUUACAUAACUAAAAAUAAAUCACACUGUUGAUACGCCUGGUAA